UUUCAUUCAUUUUUCAUGUUUUAUUUUUUAGACAGUAUGAGAUUGUUUUCGACAACUAUUGUCCGUUGUCAGCACACAGAUUGGGAUGCAUGUGAAAUGGCUCGAUUACAGGAACUUAAUGAAGCUAGACAAAGAGCAGCACAAAUGGAGAAAACAAUGCGUUGGUGGUCCGAAUGUACAGCUUCAUGGAGACAAAAAUGGAGUACGGUGAGGGACGAACGAAAUCGUUCUCGUGAGGAAGGAUAUUUAUUAAGGAUCGCAUUAGAGGAGGCAAAGGUAAAUUAUUAUUCUAAGUGUCUAAUAAUCUACUAUUCAGCUUCUCAUUUAAACAUACCUACACCUACACCAACAAUCACUAUAGAUGAAGAAUGUCAAGCAAAGCCAGAUACAGUUAGCACAAUGGUCAAUACCGAUCAAGAAGUGAAAAUAUUUCCUAAAUUAUUAGUUGGCUAA